GACGGCGCAUGCCCCGCGGUAUUGCGGCGGCAGAGCUGGCGCGGCAUGCUCAAGCGGCUGAAGGUGCUGCUGUACGUGGGAGCGUCCACCCUGCUCGGCUCGGCCAUCUACUUCCGCAUCCGCGCAGAAGAGGAGUGGCAGGCGUCGGGGUACGCGAGCACGCUUCCCGCGGUGGUCCGCUUCCAGAGCCAGGCGCCGUCGACCACGGAAGGCGCGCUGCCCGAGCUGCCCGCGCCGGGGAGCCCGCCGAGGCCGCCCCGCGGAGCCGGGUGCAGCGUCUGCGCACUCGGUCGGGACGGCGCCGCCCUCCUCUUCAUCAGCACCCGACUGGACGGCCUCGGCGCCCAGGUGAUCAACAGCCGGCAGCACCGAGACGGGCCGUGGCGCCUCCGGCGCGGCUCGCCCUCGAGGCGGAGGCCGGCGGAGGUGGCACGGCGGCGGCGCCGCGGGCGGAAGUCGGAGCGAGACGUCGACAUGUUCGUCGGGAAGGGAAAAAACACACAGACACAGUGA